GAGCUGUCAGCCACCCACCCCACCGCCGGCCCCUGGUGCUCCCGGCCGCCUGCGCCCCCCAGGAUGUGGUCCAGCCUGAAUGACUGGCUGUGGCAGGAGAGGUUCUGGCUCCCCCCGAACAUCUCAUGGGCUCAACUGGAGGACCGUGAUGGCCUGGUCUUCCCCCACCCCCGGGACACAUUGAUGGCUGUGCCCCUGGCGCUGGCCCUGGUGGUCGUUCGCUUCACCUUCGAGAGAUUCGUUGGCCUGCCCCUGAGCCGGUGGCUGGGCGUGCGGAACCAGACCAGGAGGCCAGCGAAGCCCAAUGCCACGCUGGAGAAGUACUUCCUAAUGAAAGGGCGGAAACCCACAGAGUCCCAGAUGAACCUCCUGGCCACCCAGUGUGGCCUCACGCUGCGGCAGACUCAGUGCUGGUUCCGGAGACGCCGGAACCAGGACCGGCCCUGCCUGACCAAGAAGUUCUGUGAGGCCAGCUGGAGGUUUGCCUUCUAUCUGUGCUCCUUCAUCAGUGGAAUCAUGGUUCUUUAUCACGAGUCAUGGCUGUGGACACCGGUCACAUGCUGGGAAAAUUACCCACAUCAGCCCAUGAAGCCAGGCCUGUACCACUGGUACCUCUUGGAGCUGAGUUUCUACGUCUCUCUGCUGAUGACACUGCCCUUUGACACCAAACGCAAGGACUUCAGGGAGCAGCUGAUUCAUCACUUCGCGACCAUCAUCCUGAUCAGCUUCUCCUAUAGCUUGAAUCUGAUGCGCAUCGGCUCCCUGGUGCUGCUGUUGCAUGACUCCUCCGACUACCUGCUGGAGGUGGGCUGGGCCCAGCCUGACCCCUUCCGGCUUCCAGCCGCCCCCCCGCCCCCCGCCCCCUGCACCUCUCUCUUCUUGUGUGGCUGGUUCGGCCUUCUGAAAGCCCUUUCAUUUGUUGAGCAGCCCAGCCCCAAGAGGAAUGGCCGCUUGUAA